AUGGACGGGCAUCCUGUUCUUUUGAAGCCUGACGGCAUCUUGCGGAUCAUUACGCUUGGAGGCUCCGGGGGUAUCCAUCAAGAUUCCAACCACCAGGUUCUCAAAGCACCUCUCAAACACAAUACUCAAGGAUGUAACAAAGAUGUUAUCGCAUUUGUUGCAAGUACCGAAGAAUAUUCAGAGGAAUGCAUUGCUCGCGAGAAACUCAUUUAUCAAUCUCUCCCAAACGACGACCCCAAUAUCUUGAAGUGUCUAGGUAUCACGGAAAGAGGAAUCCAGCUCCCUUUCUUACAGCAUGGGGACAUCCGUACCUAUCUGAAAUCCCAUUCAAUCGAUGCGGCGACCAAAGAUCGGUGGAUCCAAAAUGCGAUUGAUGCUAUUGUUACUAUUCAUGCACAUGGUGUCGUUCAUUGCGACAUCAGUCCUCGCAAUUUUCUCGUUAGCAAUGAUCUUUCAAUUCUGAUUUCUGAUUUCGCUGGAUCUAAGAUCAAUGGCCUUGAGUCUUUAGCUGAGGAAGAAACUCGGUAUCGGCUACCUCUACCUCCUUCGUCUUCUCGGAGUACCGUCACAGAUAUUUUUGCGCUUGGCUCCCUCAUAUACGAAAUCUCUACUGGCAUAUGUCCUUUCCCAGAUCUAGACGAUGAAGAAAUUGAGAAGCGAUAUGCCUCGCAAGUUUUUCCAGCUCUAGAUCACCUCGAGUACGGCAAGAUUAUCUCAAAAUGCUGGAGGUCGCACUAUGAAUCUGCUGAAAUGAUAAAGAGCGAUAUUCGCCGUCUCCAUGAACCUCCUACCAUUGAUACGACCGAGCUCGUUUCCUCGCUUAUUUGCUGUUCUCUGGCUGUGCUUAGUUUCGGAUUUACUUUCUGGGCAUGUGCGAGGCAAAAUAGAUAA